AUGCAUGAAAAACAAAUAGAACAUGAACGUGAGAUAUGUUCUGGUUAUAGAGACUCUCCAUACGAACUAGACCAAUGGGAACAAGAAGAUUUAAAGAGAGAAUUUAGAGAAUAUGAACUCGCUAAAGUUUCAUUAGAAGCUGCAGAAGAGAGGUUAAAAGGUUGGGGUCCUUUUGUACAAAAAUAUUGUGAGUAA